CCCUGUUGUUACUCCCAGUGUUAUUUCCUCGUGCUACUCCAGUGUUUUUGCCUUCUAUGGAUUUUGAGUUUCUGGAUUUAUUUGUCGUAAGUUCUUUUGUUUGUUUUAUUAAAUCAGUUCCUUAGUUUAUCUGCAUUUGGGUCCUUUGCCUUUUGUUUUUGGAUUUUCCCUGCCUGAAUCUGACACCUAGACUCUGCAUUCUGGACCAGUUGGAGGUUUCCCUUGCAAGACAAACCCAGGCUUCAGAAAUGGGUGGACAACAUGAAGAGGGAUGGGUGGACCCCGAGUCGACAUCAGUACCUUUGCAGCGAGCAUUUCACGGAGGAUUGCUUCGACAUUCGAUGGGGCAUCCGCUACCUAAAGAACACAGCCAUUCCCACCAUUUUCUCCUCCACUGAGGAUGAUGAUGGGACACAAUGUGGAACCUUAAAAAGAAGCCCAAAGGCCAAACCCAGGACUCUAGACAUUGAUUCCAUUGGAUUUGACUCCCCUGUCAGUAAGAGGCCCCUCAUUUUAAGCAGAACUUGCAAAAAGGUCCAGUCAAGCACAACAAACAACCUUCAUAAUGGACAAACAGAGUCAGUAAAUAAGCCACCUUUGGUGUCAGACACUGACAAAUCUUGGGAUUCAAAUUCAUCAGAGAUUCAAACCCCUGUUUGUAAGACUUCAGGUGACAGCGGGGUGCAGGCGGCCUCUGGUCUUGCCCUCUCCCUGUGCAGUAAGGAAGAGCAGACCGACUCGACUGUGACUGUGUUGUGUUAUGAGACACUGGGCUGUCACGCUGAGAGAGAAAACGUGGACGCAACGGCUCUCCAAGCAGCUCUGAGUCAAACUUUCAGCCUCGUCCCAAUGGAAAUAAUCAAAGACAAGCCGAUGGGCUGCUUCUCAGAGGAGAGGGGACCCAGCGAGGGAGAGCACAUCUCUGUUUAUGAGCAUGCAUACUGCAGACAGGACACAGACAAAGAUCAGCUUUGGAGUAAGAUCAUGAGUUUGCAUGCAAAGAUAUCAGAACUGGACCGCAGGGAGGAGAGCACUGUGGCGAAAAUCCGAGCUCUGGAGACGGAGAUAGCACUCCUGAGGAAAGAUGGGGCUGUUUUUAAAGAGAAGCAGAAAGUUUUGGAGGAUUAUAUAUCAUCAGUGUUGCUCUGAUUUUGAAAAUAACCAAAAAUAUGAGCUACAGAUUUUUAAUGUGCUUGUUUUAGAAUUGUUGAGCUGACCGUGUCUCUUUGAAGCUUAUUGGUACUGCAUCUUUACUCGAAUUCUCCACACUUGAAUGCUAUUAUAUUUCUUAUCCACACGGUGGCACUGUAUGACUGAUGUCACUGGAAGUGUUUCAAAGAUAGAAUCAAGUAUCAUUAAGUUGUUUCUAUGUGCAUUUAUGAUUUUCUGUGAGGUUUUCAGACUCUGAAUCCCAUCAUUAACACCUUUAUGUGCAGCAUCAGUCAUUGUUCAGUUCUAUGGUCCAUUACAUCUUUUUUAAUGGUG